AACCCCGAAGCAAACCAUCGGCUUACGGUUAGACCCCCUUCCCUACCAGAACUCAUCCCAUGUGAACGGUCUCUGUGCUUUAAUUGAAGACAUCAGCGGUGAAGAGGCUGUGGGAUGCUUUUGCCGGGUGAAUUAUUGUGACGCACCAGUUGACGGAACUGACUGACAGCUGGUGAAGAUUACGUCUGCAUUUUUAACAGCGAGACAUUAAAAUCCAGAUCAUAAGACCUGGCGCCACCACUGAAAGACCCAGAGAGGGGCAUGAUGGAGAACGGAGGAUUUUGCAAUGACAAUUAUAAUGGUGAAAGCAGCGAUGAUGAGUUGGUGGAUAUUUCAGGUGUCACGGUGGAUUUCAGUGAGGAUGUACCACCUUUGUACAGAGAUUACAGCACGGAAUUCUGUAAAGAUGAGUGGACUCAUAACAGCAGUCCUAAGCUGAUGGAUCUGCUAGACGAGACUGUUCCUGGCAUUGGAACCUAUGAGGACUUCAACACCAUUGACUGGGUUAGGGAGAAGUCAAAAGAUCGAGACAGGCAUAGAGAGAUCACAAAUAAGAGUAAGCAUUCUAAAAUAGCCCUGCUGUUUAGCAUCAGUGAUGCUUUUUCUGGCUGGCUUCUUAUGCUGCUCAUCGGGCUCAUGUCAGGGGCAUUGGCUGGAGGGAUAGACAUUGCCGCCCAUUGGAUGACAGACCUGAAAGAGGGCGUGUGCCUUAAUGGGUUCUGGUUUAACCAUGAGCACUGCUGCUGGGCAUCCAAUGAGACUACUUUCCAGGAAAGAGACAAGUGUCCUCAGUGGAGAAGCUGGGCAGAACUUAUGGUUGGAGUCAAUGCGGGGAACAGUGCCUAUGUGGUGAAUUAUCUGAUGUACGUGUGCUGGGCUCUUUUCUUCGCCUUCCUGGCUGUGACUCUGGUGAGAGCCUUUGCCCCUUACGCUUGUGGUUCAGGAAUUCCAGAGAUCAAAACCAUCCUGAGUGGCUUUAUAAUCCGAGGGUACCUGGGAAAGUGGACUCUGAUCAUAAAGACCAUCACGCUGGUGCUGGCUGUCUCGUCGGGGCUCAGUCUGGGGAAGGAGGGCCCGCUGGUUCAUGUAGCUUGCUGCUGCGCAAACAUCCUCUGCCAUUUUUUCACCAAAUACCGUCGGAAUGAGGCCAAGAGACGAGAGGUUUUGUCUGCAGCAUCUGCAGUGGGGGUGUCUGUUGCAUUUGGUGCUCCUAUUGGAGGGGUUCUUUUCAGUCUCGAGGAGGUUAGUUACUACUUCCCUCUGAAGACUCUGUGGCGUUCGUUCUUCGCUGCACUGGUUGCGGCCUUCACCCUUCGCUCCAUAAAUCCCUUUGGCAACAGCCGUUUGGUUCUUUUCUAUGUGGAGUUUCACACUCCCUGGCACCUUCUAGAACUCAUACCUUUUGUUCUACUAGGCAUCUUUGGGGGCCUUUGGGGAGCUUUCUUCAUUCGUACUAACAUUGCCUGGUGUCGUUGGAGAAAGAGCACCUGCCUUGGGUACUACCCUGUCGUGGAGGUUCUGGUGGUGACCCUGAUUACAGCUUUACUGGCGUUUCCAAAUGAGUACACACGGAUGAGCAGCAGUGAGCUGAUCUCUGAGCUGUUCAAUGACUGCGGUCUGCUGGACUCAUCGAAGCUCUGCAACUACACCGACAGCGAAAAUGUGCCAGGAAGCUUGAAUGCUAGUGAUGGCAUUAACGGUCUUGCAGAUCGGGUGGCUGGACCAGGGAUCUAUACGGCAAUUUGGCAGCUAGCACUGGCACUGGUUUUUAAGGCUCUCGUCACUGUGGUUACAUUUGGCAUGAAGGUGCCAUCCGGACUGUUCAUCCCCAGUAUGGCGGUGGGCGCCAUAGCUGGCCGACUGCUUGGUGUUGGUAUGGAGCAACUCGCCAUCUACCACCAUGAUUGGACUGUUUUCAGGGGCUGGUGCUCUCCUGGGGCAGACUGCAUCACACCGGGCCUGUAUGCCAUGGUGGGCGCUGCAGCCUGUCUGGGUGGUGUGACCCGUAUGACAGUCUCUCUUGUGGUUAUCAUGUUUGAGCUGACUGGUGGUUUAGAGUACAUCGUGCCCCUCAUGGCUGCCACUAUGACCAGUAAAUGGGUCUCGGAUGCUUUGGGUCGUGAGAGCAUCUAUGAGGCCCACAUCCGUCUCAACGGUUACCCCUUCCUUGAGCCUAAAGAGGAAUUCCGCCACCAGACUCUUGCCACAGAUGUGAUGCGCCCGCGGCGAAGCGACCCAGCGCUGUCUGUGCUGACACAGAGUGGAAUGACGGUAGAGGAGGUAGAGAGGCUCAUCGCAGACACCACAUACAGCGGCUUUCCUGUGGUCAUCUCACAUCAGUCUCCGAGACUGGUUGGCUUUGUUUUGAGGAGGGAUCUGGUCAUAUCCUUAGAAAAUGCACGCAGACAUCAGGAGGGCAUGGUCAGCUUGUCUGCGGUCCUGUUCACCGAGUGUGCUCCACCCUCGUUGCCCAGCGGUCCUCCUGCAGUCAACCUGCACAGCAUCUUAGACCUCAGCCCCUUCACAGUCACUGUGCACAUGCCCAUGGAAAUUGUGGUGGACAUCUUCCGCAAGCUCGGCCUGCGACAGUGCCUCGUCACUCAGAAUGGGCGUUUGCUGGGAAUCAUUACUAAAAAGGACAUUCUUAAACACAUGGCACAGAUGGCCAACAGAGACCCAGAUUCAAUCCUCUUCAACUGAAUGCGCUACAGCACUUUUUGCUGCAGUGGUACUGGACAUGUUCUGAAAGGAUCUGCUGUCUCGACUCCUGGAACUUCCAUGGCAAUAUUGACUAUCCUGAGGCUAAAAAGACAUAAAUGUGAAACUGUCAUCCUCUCACUCUUGGAAAACUCAUAUCAGCCCUGAGACAAACUGUUGCCAUCAGGACUACUUGGCAACUUCUGAUCUAGACUAUGCUUUUCUCAAUCACACAUACACUCAAAUUUGGUAAAUUGAAGGACUUUUUGAGCUGUUUAUUUAUUUAGCACUUGCCAUCCCUUCAGUGAUGUCUGCCAGUGAGAACAUUCCUGAGAUGAUCUGGGAACAUGCGCUGAUGGUGUCAUGUCUGAACCUGUGUACGUCGAGCAAUCCCUGUGGGAAGAUGUGCCGCUCUUUUGUACAAGUGCAUUUCACUAAGUAGAAAAGAGAUCUGGUGUGUCAUGUUAAGUCACACAUGCUCUUUCUCUGUGACACUCAUCCUCAUUUACUAAAUACCCUCAGUGGUUGUGUUUCUCCAUUUCUCACUCCGAAGACUUUGAGAAGGAUGUUUAGAAGAUGAAGUUCUGAUAGUGUGCCAUUCUGUAAUUUUUUAUGUGUAUGCUUUACUUCAGUUGGACACUAGCAGGGUUCAUUUCAUAGCUGAAUGUGCUUCAAUAUUUUUUAGUUAUGCUUUGUUGAAGAGGCCUGAUCUUUUUCUGUUUCUGUCUUUUCCCCUCUCACAAAUCUGAGCUUGUUGUUCUCAGUGAGUUUGGCAGGGUCUAAUGUUUUCCAAAACAUAAAUCUGUUGUGGUUACAAAAUGUCCAAUUUUCUCUCAGCUUCCCAAAUGCAACAAACUGUGUCCUGCAGUUCUCAUAUGGAGCCACCAGAAGGCUCUAUUUCACUGAUUGUCCAGACUGAACUGUGUACACCUUCUGAUUGACUCCUGGCUGGGUUCACUCACUGGGUGGGUUACAGAAAGCUUACAUGUCAUUUCCUCAGGGACUCCUUUAGCAAUCCCUCAAUGUCUUUAUCCAUGUGUCAGAGCAACUGAACCCUUGUGCAUAGUCUCUUUGGUGAUAUGUAGGUGAUAUUAUAUUCGGCACCUGCUCAAACUUAGGUUCUCAUCCUCAGUUUUCUACCCACUAGUCUUUUGCACGUAGCCAAGCUCUUGUCCUCAGACAACCUCAGUGAAGCAUCACCCAAUGCCUUCCUUUUUUGACAACCAGGAUCCUAUCAUGACAUAACCUCCCUUUAAUGAAAGGGCGAAACGUUUGAUAGUUAUUUACUUUAGUCCCCUUCCUUGAAACACUUGCUCGACUUAAUGUCUCUACAUGUUUUGAAACCUCCGCCCUCCCACCCCCUGUCGGUUCAAUGCAUGUUUUCCCCCUUUGGCAUUUUGAGUUGUUUAUGGCCUAUUAAAGGCAUUCUAGUUCUUUUCAUGCUUUUUCUUUCCCUGCUCGCCGUAAUUCCCGGGAGUUAGAUUUGGGGCAGGGAGGUCGGAGAGGGCUAUUGUUCCCACUCGCUCCUGUUCGUCUGGGCUCUUGGUCGCCAGGAUGUCCCCCGACUGCUUCCCUCAAGCACCGUCACGCAGCCCGAUCUGCUUUCCACUCUUAGAAAGACAAUUUCCGGUUUGGCUUUUAAACAACAAGCAAUUCUACACUGUUAUAAUAGAGCAGGGAAAAAAUACAUUCUUGAGCUCUGAUAACUGAAUGUAAAGUGUGUGUUUGUGUGUGAGGGGAAAGUGCGGGUGUCUGAAGGAGAGAUUAUGUCUUUCUUUUUGCCUUCCUAGGAAAACAUGGGAAUGAGGGAGGAGGGAGAGGCGAAAAGGUUAAUUAAAUGGUGUUCACUGGUCAGUGGAAGGAUCAUUUCACAAAGGUCCCUUCUGUGUCACACGGGGGUUAUUGGAGAGACUUGGCACGAAUUACUUCCACUCAUUCCUGCAGUUAGGGUGGGUGCUGAGCCUCUCUCGGUGCUGUAACCCAACACUUGAUUGGUGUAGAAGGACCCGAGCCAGGACCAAAUGAAAUGUUGUAAUGUAAAUCAGGACAUGCCACAGACCUACAAUGCUCUUAUCAACAGAACAUGGGCUUCCAGCUUCUGUGUGGAUUUCUGCUUUAAUACCUUUUCUUAAGUUAAAACUCCACAUCUUGAAACUAGUUUAAAAUUUCACAUGCUGUUCAGUCUAGGUAAAGCAAACAAGCAAACCUGAAACAAGUAUGCCGUUGCUUUGGUGUCGUCUUCUUGAGAAUGUGCCUGUUUUCCAUGUAAAUACACUUCACGGUUUAGUGCCAAGGACAAAUGCUAAACCGUUGUGAAUGCCGUCAAUGAGCAUGUUUAUGAUAUAGAUCUUAAACAUGAUUUUUCUCACCAAAAAUGGCAAUAGAGUUAAUAACGAAAUCACUUACAAAGCACUCAGAAAUGAAGAAUUCAUAAUUGUUUAUUAAUAGUUAGUUGUAAAAAACAUAAUAUUUAAUUUUUAUAAAAGAAUGCAUUCUAUUGCAGUAUUUGGACAUGAUUGUAAUAUAAUGUCAAAUUGAAUUUUUCAUAUGAAAUAAAUCUGAAUUUUGUAUUCCAUGAGAAGAUUUUGUAUGCGUCUAUGCUUCAAUUUCAAGUAUGCAAAGAAUUGGGUGUGACCUGAAUAUUAUGGUUUGUCUAACAUAAAGACUCCAGGACAUUUAAAUGACAGAAAUUUUAACAUUAAAUCACAUUUUAUUUCCACAAAUCCUAAAUUUCUUCAGUUGCUGUAAAAUCAGGCCCACGCUGCUUUGCAAUAAAUGCGGUAUUUAAAGGAAAUUGCUGAUGGUCUGUUGAAAUGACACAGGAUUUUGGAGCGAGUCUUAUUUGUUAUGAACAUUUAAUUUCUCACACCUUUUUGAAGGUCAUCUUGGUGCUGUUUAAUAACUAUUUCUUUUGUAGCUUUAUCAUACUUUAUUUUUUAUUUUCUUAAUGCAGGAAUAAAAGUGAA